GGGUUCAUCCCUGGCAGUAGGGUGUGUGCAGCCCCAUUGUGCCUCAAAAGGAGCUGCCACAGACUCUCCCCCACGAGUGUGGCAGGGACUCGGUGCCAACAGGUUGGCUGGUAGCAGGCACAACUCCUGUGGGCAUCACUGCCUGCCCUGCUCCUACUGCCUGAAGGACACUGGGCUUCACGCUCCUACGGUCCCUUCUCUUGCAGCGGCUUUGAGCAGCUGAGCGCCACCCACGAGGGGACAAGAUGUUUGGGAGAAAAAUGACCAGUUUUGGGAAGAAGCUGAUCCGCCGGCGCAUGGUGGAUCUGAGCUCUGAGGACACGCGUUUUGCUCGCUGCCUCUCCACGUUGGACCUCAUAGCCCUGGGGGUCGGCAGCACGCUGGGGGCCGGCGUCUAUGUCCUGGCUGGGGAGGUGGCCAAGGAGACUGCUGGUCCCUCCAUCGUCCUCUGCUUCCUGGUGGCUGCUCUCUCAUCGGUACUGGCUGGACUCUGCUAUGCAGAGUUUGGGGCCCGCGUCCCCAAAUCUGGCUCUGCCUACCUCUACAGCUACGUCACCGUCGGCGAAAUCUGGGCUUUCACGACGGGCUGGAACCUCAUCCUCUCUUACGUGAUAGGCACGGCCAGCGUGGCUCGAGCCUGGAGCGCGACAUUCGACAACAUCAUCGGCAACCAUAUCUCCACCUUCUUCAUGAACAAGACCACAGGGUACCUGCCAGAGGUGUUGGCCGAGCACCCGGACUUCUUCGCCCUGGUUCUGGUCGGGCUGCUCACGGCGCUGCUGGCCUUCGGCGUCAGCGAAUCUGCUCUCGUGAACAACAUCUUCACGAUGGUGAACGUGCUGGUGCUGGUCUUUGUCGGCAUCGCUGGCUUCGUGAAGGGAAACAUCAAGAACUGGCAGCUCUCGGAGGAGGACUACCUCAACGGCUCGGACUCACACCUGACUCAUGACAAAAUGGAAAAAGAGUUCGGCUCGGGCGGGUUUGUCCCCUUUGGACUGGAAGGGAUCCUGACCGGCGCCGCCACCUGUUUCUACGCCUUCGUGGGCUUCGACUGCAUCGCCACCACAGGGGAGGAAGCCAAGAAUCCGCAGCGCUCAAUCCCCAUCGGCAUCAUCGUGUCCCUCUCCAUCUGCUUCGUGGCUUAUUGCUGGGUCUCCCUGGCCCUGACCCUCAUGGUGCCCUACUUCCUCCUCAACAAGGAGAGCCCCCUGCCUGAGGCUUUCAAGGCAGUUGGCUGGGAGCCCGCCCGCUACGCCGUCGCCGUCGGCUCUCUCUGUGCCCUCUCCACCAGCUUGCUAGGCUCCAUGUUCCCCAUGCCCCGCGUCAUCUACGCCAUGGCAGAGGAUGGGCUGCUCUUCAAGUUCCUCUCCAAGAUCAACAGCCGCACAAAGACCCCUCUGUCAGCCACCCUCAUCUCGGGGCUCCUGGCAGGGAUAAUGGCCUUCCUCCUCGACCUGAAGGAUCUGGUGGAUCUCAUGUCAGUCGGCACGCUGCUGGCCUACUCCCUGGUGGCGGUGUGCGUGCUUAUCCUUCGGUACCAGUCUGGGCAGCUGAAAUCCCCAAAGGCCACGGAAAUGCUGGAGCUGAACAGGAAUGAGGAGGAGAGGGUGAUCACGAACCCGACCACCCCUAGUGACCAGCAGAAAGAGACGCUCUCCCUGGCCACCCUCUUCAACCCCCCCUCGGACACCCCCACCAAGCUCUCGGGGCGCAUCGUCUACGUCUGUGCCUCGGUCAUCGCUGCACUGAUCAUGGUCAUCUGCAUAGUCCUGACCCACGGCAUAGACGCACUGAAGAAUGGCAGCGUGGGCUGGAUCGUGGUCCUGGUGCUGCUCCUCGUGGCUCUGCUCAUUCCCAUCGUCAUCAUUUGGAGGCAGCCGCAGAGCAACGCGCGGUUGAACUUCAAAGUCCCUUUCCUCCCACUCCUGCCGGUCUUCAGCAUCUUUGUUAAUAUCCUGCUGAUGGUACAGCUGAGUGCCAGCACCUGGGUGCGGUUUGUCAUCUGGAUGGCCUUGGGUUUUGUGAUUUACUUGGGCUACGGGAUUUGGAACAGCGUGGAGGGGAAAAGAGCAGAGGAACCCUGUGUGACAGUAGAAAAGCCUCUGCACCACCCCGGACCGGACCUCAGCCCUGGGGCUGCUGCUGUCUGAGGGAUCAGGCACCAGCGCUCCGUGGACCUCUGCCAGUAGUCGAGAUCGUGAUCCGCACAGUUCAUCCAUGCCCUCCCGCCCGGGGAGCGAAUCCCAGAGCCAGGACACAGAGCUGGGCCCUGUGCUGAGCAGAGGCCACGGAGAUGAGUCCCCGGGCCGGGUGGCACUGCUGGUGGCCUGGGGUUGAUCUCUGCCAUCCCCCCAGCCCCGCGGAGGGACAGUGACCCCAGCACGGCCCUCCUGCCGUGGGUGCUGCUGUCAGAAAUGCUGCUUUCCCUGCGCACGGGGAGCCCCCACGUGAUGGUGCAGCUGUAUUUGUCCUGUCUGUUCAUGUGGCCGUGGUCACCACCUCCUCUCUGUGCUUUCGAAGUGCUGGGGAUGUACGCGGCAGCCGUGGCCGGAGCCCUGUGGCGAGGCUUGCGGCAGCCCCUUCUGGUGCUGCCAGUCGUCCGGUACUUGCUGGCAGCAGAGGGCUCAGCCGGCCAAACCCCCCCACGCUGAGCCCUGUGCUGCCCCAGUCAUGCUGCUUGCGGGGAGCAUCCCUCUCGGGUGUCCCUCAAGAUGUCCACAGUGUAGCUGUACCCAGUGUCCCACCUUCUAUGCCUUAGUAUAAUUGGUGUUUUAAUGUUGGCUUUUAUACCUAUUAAACAGAGUGUUUUUGUAA